GCACCUGCCCAAGACGACUAAUUUAAUAGCAUUUGCAAAGCUUAGCUAGAAAAACUGGAAUUUUCUGAACAUGGUAGAGUCCUGAGAUCUUCUACAAUACGUCUUGUAAAUUGAUCUCUCUAUUUCGGGAAAUGAUUUACUUUUCUAAUUCAUAAUUGUUCAAAAAAUAACAACUAUUAGUUUGUAAAUAAUAUUUGCUUAUUUUCUCGUAGUACGUACUGUAACAACAAUUGCUGGCCAAGCACCUGUUGAUGUUGAAUGUAAAACCUUGCUUGGAAAAACUCAUGUGUAUAGUGAAAAUAAAGAUAUAUUUGAUUGUAUGCUUAAUCAAACCAAUAUUGGAAAUAAUAAUAAUAAAUUUUAUGUAAUUCAACUUCUUGAAGAUAAUAAUGGUAAAAAAUAUCAUGUUUGGUUACGUUGGGGUCGUGUUGGCUAUACUGGACAAACUUAUUUGGAAAGUUUCGAUGGUAAUUUAAAUGAUGCAAAAAGAUUCUUUUGUCACAAGUAUGUAGUUUAUAUUCAAUAGGAAUAAUUAUAGUGUACAAAAUAUUAUACUAGAUUGAUCUCAAUAAGAUAAGUAGUAGAAUAAUAUCUAUUAGGUUUCAAUUUAGAUAAGAUAAUUGCACUAGAUUCGUAAUCUCGUUUUAAUAUAUGUUCAAGAUAAUAUCUGUUUGUAGCUUCUUGUUUCUAUUGAGAAAAUUUUAAAGUUACCUUCUGUCUUCAUAAAAUGUACAACUUUCUGAUAGACUCUACUGUAGAAUAUGCAGUGGCGUACGCAGGAUUUUUCAGAAUGCUGAAUCUCGAAGUCCGAGCAUGGGAUCCAGAUGAAAGUCACGGGAGGUAAUGUUGGACCCAACUGAUGGAGUUUUAUCAAAAAAAAAUUUGCACUCGGAGUUUGCGAAAAAAAUUAGCAUUUUCUUGGCCCCCCCCCCCUAGU